AUGUCAAUAAUUCGUAUACAACCGGAAUUUGGAACAGGACUGAACUCUUUACACCAAGAUACACUUCAGUAAUAAUCGUGGCACUUUUCAAAAAACUUCAAUAAAUUUUAACUACUUUUUUGCAAUCCUAAUAUAUAGAUAUAUGUCUUUAAACUAUUUUGCAUACGUGUUAUAUUCAUGUACAAACGCUUAUUUAGAAAUCAGAUAUAAUAAUAAAAAAUUGUAUUAGAACUGAUUGCCAGUUAAAUAUAUAUGAUUGGUUGGUGAUAUGUAUAUAAUUUGUACCAAAUUUAAUGACAAGAGAAUAUUUAAUUCAACGCUUAACAAAAAUUAUACAAUUAAAUAUAAAAAUAAUCAGUUGCUUAAAUAGCAAUUAAUUCUAUAGUUGUAACUAGAAAUAUUUAAAUUUCUAGUGUCCCACUAUCGUGCAAAUUUAAGCUGUUGGUACAAAUAUAUAUACAAAAUAGUCGAUUCUUUGUAUGUGUUAGUAAACUCAUAUUCUUUUGUAUUGUGGCAGUUUUGUGAUUACUUUGAAGUAACAGAGUGUUUGUGUUUGCUAAUUUUUUGACCAACUUAUUUAAUCGUCUAUUUAAAAACAAGAUGGUUAGUUAUUGUAUACGUAUCAAUAAUUUUGUUUUUCAUUCUAAUUUGAUAUAACUUAUUCAUGAUAUAUUUAAACACGUGACAGCAUAACCUCAAUUAUUGCAUUAAAAAUGUCAUACUUGAUCGAAUGAAGUAUCAAUACAUUUUUGAAAACUUGUGUAUUUCUUCUUUUUAUCGGUAUUCACAAUUUUGGAGUGUGAAAGAUUCUUUUUAUAAUAUUUUUUAUAAUAAUUGAAAUUGUCGCAUAUUGUUUCGUGUCAUGUUGUGGUUAUGUUACUGUAAAAUUUAAUAAUGGUAAUUUUUAGUCAGUUCUUGUACUAUAAUAAGAGACUUAUUUAAUAUAAAUCAAUUUAAAAAAACUAUGAAUAUAUCUUUUGUUGUAGAAACCUUUGAUGUUGCAUGGGCAUGAACGUGCCAUAACCCAAAUUAAAUACAAUAGAGAAGGAGAUUUAUUAUUUUCCUCUAGUAAAGAUAAAAAACCAAAUGUUUGGUAUUCUUUGAAUGGAGAACGUCUUGGAUCUUUUAAUGGACACAAUGGUUCUGUAUGGUGUAUUGAUGUUAAUUGGGAUACAACAAGAUUUUUAUCUGGAAGUGGUGACAAUACACUAAGAGUUUGGGACUGCCAAACUGGUUUUAUUCAAUGCCUAUGUUACAUUGCAGGAAAAGAAAUAGGUCUACUUCAUACGAACAGUUCAGUGAGAACAUGUAGUUUUAGUUAUUCAGCAAAUCUUGCUGUUUAUUCAACAGAUAAAGCUCUAGGACAUCAAUGUGAAAUGUUCAUCAUUGAUAUAAAAAAUGUUGAUGCAGUAUUAUCACAAGCAGAUGCUAUUUCUAGAAUUGCUGUAAAUGGUCCCAAAAUCUCUGCUAUUUUAUGGGGCGCAUUAGAUGAAACGAUUAUUACUGGUCAUGAAGAUGGUGAAAUUACUCUUUGGGAUGUUAGGACAAGGAAGAAAAUGACAAGUGUCAAAAGUCAUAAAUCACAAAUAAAUGACAUGCAAUUUAAUAAAGAUGGCACUAUGUUUGUGACUGCAUCAAAAGAUAAUACUGCCAAACUGUUCGAUAGUGAAUCUUUAAUGUUAUUAAAAACAUAUAAAACAGAAAGACCUGUUAAUUCUGCUACUAUUUCUCCUAUUUUCGAUCAUGUGGUUCUUGGAGGAGGUCAAGAUGCUAUGGAUGUUACGACGACAUCCACUCGUCAAGGAAAAUUUGAUUCUCGAUUUUUCCAUUUAGUAUUUGAAGAAGAAUUUGCGCGUUUAAAAGGACACUUUGGUCCAAUCAAUUCUCUAGCAUUUCAUCCUAAUGGUCGUAGCUUUUCAACAGGUGGAGAAGAUGGUUAUGUUCAUACAGGCACACCAUAUGGAACUUCAAUACCGUCUUUCAUUUUAUAAACACUUUCAGGAUCAGGUUGUGUUUGUCCACGACCCCAUGUUGAAUGUUUGCCACUUGAUAGUUUUCCAAGAGGCAUUUUUUCUAUAUCAAUUUCAAAUUCAAUCAUCACUUUCUUCAUACUCGUCUCAUCGAAAAUUAGUUUCAUUAAAUCUUGAAUUGGCCUUGCAACUUGAUCUACUAGAUUUUGCAUAUUGCACUAAAAAAUUACAUAGUGGACCUGCAGAUUUACUACUAGUACCACCACGCUUUUUUCCUCUUCCAGACGAAGGUACUGGAAAAGUCUUCGUUUCCUCUAUAAAAAUGUUUCAUUGGAAUUAUUUUAUUAUAAUGUUAAUAAAUGUAAUUUGCAAUAUUAUAACAAACAAACCAAUUUUCUUUUGAAUUUCUUUCUGAUCCUCCCAACGAAUAUUAUCAAAAUUUCCUACAUCGGCAGUAGUUUUUGGUCUUUGUUUUAUAAAAAAACAUUGUGAAUGAUACCAUCUUGUUAUCUUUCCAUCAUGAACAGGACUCUAAAAUUUAGCAAAUAUUUGAAAAUAUAAUUAUCUUAACAUUAAAGAAGCAUAAAAAAUAUAGAUAAAUUCAUCUACUAAAAUCUAAAUAAAUUUCUACAAUGUCAUUAUAAUCAAAUACGUUAUAUUGAAUUUAUAAAUUAAAUUAAUUGCAAUUAUUAUUGAUUUUAUUUCAAUGUUUGAACACAUCAAUUAUUAUCAGCUUAUCUAACCUAAAGAAAGUUUAAUAAUUAAAUUUAAAAAUUCAUAUUAGUGACAGUAAUGACAUAUGAAUUCGUGUGA